AUGGCUUACGAUAACGGUUCUGUCGGUGGUGGUGUUAAGGAUCUCUAUGGUGAAGAUAGUGCUACAGAAGAUCAACUUAUAACUCCAUGGAACUUCUCUGUUGCUAGUGGAUGCACUUUGCUCAGAGAUCCACGUUACAACAAAGGUCUUGCUUUCACUGAGAAUGAAAGAGAUGCUCAUUACGUUCGUGGCCUUUUGCCUCCUGCUGUCUUCACUCAAGAUCUUCAGGAAAAGAGAUUAAUGCAUAAUCUUCGCCAAUAUGAUGUUCCGCUUCAUAGGUAUAUAGCCUUGAUGGAUCUUCAGGAGAGGAAUGAGAGGCUGUUUUACAAGCUUCUGAUCGAUAAUGUCGAGGAAUUGUUACCGGUUGUUUACACUCCAACGGUUGGAGAAGCAUGUCAGAAAUAUGGAAGCAUUUAUAGGCGUCCUCAGGGUUUAUAUAUCAGUUUGAAGGAGAAAGGCAAGAUCCUUGAGGUUCUUAAAAAUUGGCCGGAGAAAACGAUUCAAGUGAUUGUUGUGACCGAUGGUGAACGUAUAUUAGGACUAGGAGAUCUUGGUUGCCAGGGAAUGGGAAUUCCUGUUGGGAAGCUUUCUCUAUAUACUGCAUUAGGAGGUGUUCGUCCUUCAUCGUGCUUGCCUAUAACCAUUGAUGUUGGCACAAACAAUGAGAAGUUACUGAAUGAUGAGUUUUAUAUUGGCCUUAGACAGAAGCGAGCAACCGGGAAGGAAUAUGCGGAGCUUCUAGACGAGUUUAUGCAUGCAGUUAAGCAAAACUAUGGCGAGAAAAUUCUCGUACAGUUCGAAGAUUUUGCCAAUCAUAAUGCAUUCGAUCUUCUAGAUAAAUACAGCUCGUCACAUCUUGUUUUUAAUGAUGAUAUACAGGGCACAGCUUCUGUGGUAUUAGCAGGAUUGCUUGCUUCCCUUAAGUUAAUCGGAGGAACCUUAGCUGAUCACACAUUCUUAUUCUUGGGAGCUGGCGAGGCUGGAACUGGUAUAGCAGAGUUGAUAGCUCUUGAGAUUUCAAAGCAGACGAAAUCCCCGGUUGAAGAGACUCGCAAGAAGAUCUGGCUUGUGGACUCCAAGGGUCUUAUUGUUAGCUCUCGUCUGCAAUCUCUUCAGCACUUCAAAAAGCCUUGGGCGCACGAGCAUGAGCCUGUGAAGGAGCUUCUAGAUGCUGUCAAGGCAAUCAAGCCGACUGUAUUGAUUGGAUCAUCUGGAGUAGGAAAGACAUUUACCAAGGAGGUUGUUGAAACCAUGGCAUCCUUGAAUAAGAAACCUCUCAUUCUUGCACUCUCCAACCCAACUUCACAAUCUGAGUGCACAGCUGAAGAAGCUUAUACAUGGAGCAAGGGUAAAGCAAUUUUUGCUAGUGGAAGUCCAUUCGAUCCCGUUGAAUACGAAGGAAAAGUUUUUGUUCCUGGACAGGCCAACAAUGCUUACAUCUUUCCUGGCUUUGGUUUGGGUUUGAUCAUCUCUGGUGCAAUCCGUGUGCGUGAUGAGAUGCUCUUGGCAGCCUCUGAAGCUUUGGCUGCACAGGUAUCACAGGAGAACUAUGAUAAGGGACUGAUAUACCCUCCAUUCACAAAUAUUAGAAAGAUAUCAGCCAACAUUGCUGCUAGUGUUGCAGCUAAGACAUAUGAACUUGGUCUGGCUUCUCAUUUACCUCGACCAAAGGAUCUUGUCAAAUACGCAGAAAGUUGCAUGUAUAGCCCAGGCUAUCGAAGCUACCGUUAA